AGCUACACAGAUCCUAUGUGCUCGUGAGUCACCUGAUCAACACCUGCUGCCAGACUUGUGCUUCCUCGUACUACACAAACACGGCUGGGGUAGCGUGGGGGAACAACUCUCUGAUGAUUUCCUGUGUGUGUCUUUUUAUGUUCAGAGCGAAGCAUACAGUUUAGAGAAAUGUUUUCCAUCAGUGGCUUCAGGCAGACAAAAGGACACUUGAAAAUUUGUUUCGUGUUGCCUCGAUCGCUUUCGGAUCAAUUUUCACUGAAUCUCAAAGGCCUUUAAGAACUGUAGAAGGAAGUCAAGAAAGUCACUUUAAGCUCCCGUGAUGAACGCCUCCAACUACAGCGAGUGCGGCGAGUCGACGGCCGACUUCCAGUUCUACCUCUUCCCCAUCACCUACUGCCUGGUGAUGGUGCUCGGUCUCCCCGGCAACCUGGGCGCCCUCUAUGUCUACGUCUUCAAGAUGAAGGAGAAGUCGUCCUCCAGCGCCUACAUCAUCAGCCUGGCGGUGGCUGACACCGUCUUCCUGUGCGUGCUGCCGUUCCGGGUGCACUACCACCUGAACGGCAACGACUGGAUCUUCGGCGAGGUGGCGUGCCGGGUGAUGGGCACCAUCUUUUUCUCCAAUGUCUACAUCAGCAUCUGCUUCAUGACGUGCGUGUGCGUGGACCGUUACCUGGCCACCGUGAAACCGCACACCUACCUGCGCCUGCGUGGCACGUGCUGCUGGGCGGUCGCCACCGCCGGUGUGUGGGUCGUGUGCGGCACGACAGGCCUGGCCUUCAUGCUGACGUUGCCCGUGGACACGGGAGUGGGGCUGGGCUCGCCCCGCCGCUGUCUGGAGAGCUUCGCAACGGGAGAGUGGGAGAACAGCCUGGCCGCGUACAGCGGCUUCAGCCUGGUGUUUGGCGCCCUGGUGCCCUGCGCCAUCAUCCUGGUGUGCUACCCACUGGCUGCCCGUCGCAUCGCCCGCAUCCGCACGGCCACGGCGCGGGCCGCCCUGCGCACCAUCUAUGCCAUCCUGGCCAUUACCGUGCUCUGCUUCCUGCCCUACCACCUGGUAUACCUGCUCCACCUUCUGCGGCGCACGCGGGUCAUCCGCGACUGCCACGCUGCCGAUGCCAUCUACGAUGCGCGCCGCGUCACCAUGGCACUGGUCAGCCUCAACAGCCUGCUCGACCCCGUGCUCUACUACUUUGCUACGGGUCGCUGCAAGUGGAGCCUCAGGUGGCUGAAGCCAAAGGGGAAAAGGGGCAUCUACACCAUCUCCGACCGCUUCUAGGAUUUGGUAAUCAUUUUCAGGAUUUGAGCCGCAGCCGCCAAGCAUCAAAAACAAAUACAUAAUCUUUGACUGCUCGAGAAAUCUCGAAAGCUGAAAUUAUAAACCAGGAAAGAACUGCAUGAUGAGCUCAUGCUCGUCUGGUCCAAAACAGACAUUCGUGCAAACAUGGUCAGUUAGGCGCUGUAGCUGCAGACCGAGCGUGUGAAGAGGUAAUCGUUUAACUGCAUAAUCAGUGUUUAUGUACUGUAAGGGCUGUAAGGUUGUAAUAUGUAGGGACGCAGGAAGCUCUGUGCAGCAGUGUCAGCAUGGGGGAAUGUGCAUCACUGCGCUGUUUCCAUGGUUACCAUCCUGCAGUGCUGCUCCAGUCUUUGUUGUUAUCAGUAAUGGUAGUAAAAG